CCCAGGCACCUGCCGGGGUUCCAAGCACCCAAAACGGGGUGAAAAGAGGCGAUUUCUGUCCCUUCACCCCAAAAACGAUGGCAGAGCCGCCGGUGGUGCCGGUGUUCUGCACCGGCGUCUCGGCGCAGGUUCGGCACCAGCGAGCCAAGGAGCUGGGGCUGGGCCAGCACGACAACGCCGUGCGGUACCUGGGCCAGGAUUUCGGGCAGCUGGCCCAGGAGUGCCGGCGCUCCGGGACCCUGUUCCGGGACCCCGCCUUCCCCCCGGCCGCCUCCUCCCUGGGCUUCCGUGAGCUGGGCCCCGGCUCUUCCAAAACCCGCGGCGUGGAGUGGAAAAGACCCACGGAGCUGUGUCCACGCCCACAGUUCAUUGUGGAUGGAGCCACGCGCACCGACAUCUGCCAGGGAGCUCUGGGUGACUGCUGGCUGCUGGCGGCCAUUGCGUCGCUGACGCUCAACGAGACGCUCCUGCACCGCGUGGUGCCGCACGGGCAGAGCUUCCAGCAGGGCUACACCGGCAUCUUCCACUUCCAGAUCUGGCAGUUUGGCGAGUGGCUGGACGUGGUGGUGGACGAUUACCUGCCCACCAAGGAUGGGAAGCUGCUCUUCGUGCACUCGGCCGAGGGCUCCGAGUUCUGGAGCGCGCUGCUGGAAAAGGCCUACGCCAAGGUGAACGGCUGCUACGAGGCACUGUCAGGGGGCAGCACCUCCGAGGGCUUCGAGGAUUUCACCGGCGGCGUCACCGAAUGGUUCGACCUGCGCCGGCCCCCGGCCGACCUGUACCAGAUCAUCCUGAAGGCACUGGAGCGUGGCUCGCUGCUGGGCUGCUCCAUCGACAUAACCAGCGCCUUUGACAUGGAGGCUGUGACCUUCAAGAAGCUGGUGAAGGGCCACGCCUACUCGGUUACCGGCGCCAAGCAGAUCCCGUACCGAGGGCAGGCCCUGGAGCUCAUCCGGAUGCGCAAUCCCUGGGGAGAGGUGGAGUGGACAGGCGCCUGGAGCGAUGGCUCGGCCGAGUGGCACGCGGUGGAGCCGGCACUGCGCCAGCAGCUCAUGGUCAAGAUGGAGGAUGGAGAAUUCUGGAUGUCCUUCCGGGAUUUCCUGCGGGAAUUCACCCGCCUGGAGAUCUGCAACCUCACCCCGGAUGCGCUGCAGUCCCGCAAGUUCCGCAAGUGGAACACACAGCUCUACGAUGGCACGUGGCGGCGCGGCAGCACCGCCGGCGGCUGCCGGAACUACCCCGCCACGUUCUGGAUCAACCCCCAGUUCAAGAUCCAGCUGGAGGAGGUGGACGAUGAGCGGGAUGAGGACGGCGGGCGUGAGCCCGGCUGCAGCUUCCUGCUGGCGCUGAUGCAGAAGCACCGGCGCCGCGAGCGCCGCUACGGCAAGGACAUGGAGACCAUCGGGUUCGCUGUCUAUGAGGUCCCUCCCGAGUACGUGGGGAGGUCAGGAGUGCACCUGAAGCGCGAGUUCUUCCUGGCCAACGCGUCGCGCGCGCGCUCCGAGCAGUUCAUCAACCUGCGCGAGGUGAGCACGCGCUUCCGCCUGCCGCCCGGCGAGUACAUCGUGGUGCCCUCCACCUUCGAGCCCAACAAGGAGGGCGACUUCGUGCUCCGCGUCUUCUCGGAGAAGAAAGCCGGCACCGAGGAGAUGGAUGACAAGAUCCAGGCCACGCUGCCGGACGAGAAAGUGCUGUCGGAGAGCGAAAUCGAUGAGAACUUCAAGCAGCUCUUCAAGCAGCUGGCGGGGCCGGACCUGGAGAUCAGCGUCACUGAGCUCCAGACCAUCCUCAACCGCAUCAUUGCCAAACACAAAGAUCUGCGCACCAAGGGCUUCAGCAUCGAGUCCUGCCGGAGCAUGGUGAACCUGAUGGACAAAGACGGGAACGGGAAGCUGGGACUGGUGGAGUUCAACGUCCUCUGGAACCGGAUCCGCAAUUACCUGAGCAUUUUCCGCAAGUUCGACCUGGACAAGUCGGGCUCCAUCAGCGCCUACGAGCUGCGCCUGGCGCUGGAGGCUGCAGGGUACCGGCUGAACAAGAAGCUGCACGAGCUGCUCAUCACCCGCUACGCCGAGCCCGACCUGGCCCUGGACUUUGACAGCUUCGUCUGCUGCCUCGUGCGCCUCGAGACCAUGUUCCGGUUUUUCCAAGCCAUGGACGUGGACCAGGACGGCGUCGUCACCUUCGACCUGCUGCAGUGGCUCCAGCUCACCAUGUUUGCCUGACCGGACCCUCCAAGUGCCUUCCACGACCCUGCGCCGGUUUUUUCUCUCUUUUUUGGCUUUUUUCAGCAGGAAAGUCU